UUGCUUGCUGAUGGGUGUGCAAGGCAGUCUCUCGUGAGCGCGCCUACCUUCCCUGUUCCGCAGAAUCGCGGAAGCGCGCUACACGGCCGUCAGGAUGGAUGAAGUGGGCUCGUUCGGAGCCGGGCGAGCCGGUUCGGCCUUCGACCUCAUCGCAUUUGUCAAACGGCCCCAGACUAUCCUAAGAGUUCUAGCAUGGAUCUUCUCCAUGGUGGUCUUUGCAUCUAUAAUAAACGAAGGCUAUGUGAAUAUGGGCAGCGAGCGACUGCACUGUGUCUUUAAUAAGAACACAGACGCCUGUAACUAUGGCAUCACAAUAGGAAUCGUGGCUUUCAUAGCCAGUGUCUUGUUACUGGCCUUGGAUGUCUAUUUCCCCCAAAUCAGCAGUGUUAAAGACAGAAAGCGAGCAGUGCUGUUGGAAGUGGUCUUUUCAGGAUUCUGGACAUUCCUGUGGUUUGUGGGAUUUUGCUUUCUGGCCAAUCAGUGGAGCCAUACGUCCCCUAAGGAGUUGCCACUGGAGCAAGCUUCAGACGCAGCCCGGGCAGCUAUUGCCUUUUCUUUCUUCUCUAUUCUUACCUGGGCGGGCCUCACUGUGUGCGCCAUUCAGAGGUUCCUGCUCGGUACUGACAUGACCCUGUUUACCAUCGAGCCUGUGGCCAGCCAGUCUCCUAAACAGCCGUACCCAUCCAAUGACAUGAUUGGCCAGACGACUAUCCCCGUCAACGCCUACCAGAGUCCACCGCUCAUCGAAACCAUGGAGACCCGCCCUCCUGACUACAAGAUUCCACCCGCGUUUUAAUCCACAGCCAAUCAGAAGGCAAAGAAUAUACAGCAGACACGCUGAGGGACAUAAACUGCUGUUUAUGUUAGCUAAACGUAUUGUGACGUACCACAUUUUAGCAAUGGGGUGGAGAUGCUGUUCACCUCUGUAGUGUGCACUUAUAAUACAGAAUUAAAUGAUGAUGCAGUCUCAGUAA